UUUUUUUUAUUUCUUUAGGGGAUUCUCAAUUUUGGUUAUGAAUAAAGUUAAAGAUAGAAGAGGUGAUCUAAGUUUAAGAAAACAAAUUUACUGGUUUCUUCGAAUUCGAAAAGGAUUGUUAAAUAGAAUAUUGGAUUGUACAGCCAUAGAUAUUGAAUAUUUAAUUUAUUCUGGUCCAAAUUCUCGUGUUUAUUUCGGUCGUUAUCGUUAUUUAGAAGAUGGAGUAAUGGAUGUUGUUGUUAAAGUUCCUUCGAAAGAAGCAUUCCGAUUAGAUAUGAUAAUUGAAGAAACAAAAAUAAAUGCGCAAUUAAAACAUGAAAGAAUUGUUGAAUAUAUUGGUUAUUAUAGAGAUGCUUUUAAUGAUAUGAGAAUUGUUAGUGAAUAUAUGCCUGGGGGUGAUCUACAUUCGUUUAUUAGUUCAAGAAAAAAUAUUUUAACUGUUGGACAUAUUUUUAAUUUUAUUGGCCAAAUAGCUGAGGGAAUGGAAUAUUUAUCUUCCAAAAAGAUAAUACAUAGAGAUUUGGCUGCAAGGAAUUGCAUGUUGAAUCGUGAUUGUACAGCUAUUAAAAUAGCUGAUUUUGGAUUAAGCCGACAUUUCAAUGCAGAUGCAAACUAUACUUGUUCAAGUCCUGUACGUUUACCUUUGCGUUGGACAGCUAUUGAAUGUCUGGGACAAAAUGGGGAAAUACUUCCAUAUAGCAAAUUCUCUGAAAAAAGCGACGUUUGGUCAUUUGGAAUUGUUAUUUGGGAAUGUUUUUCUCGUGGAGAAAUGCCUUAUGGCACAGAAGAAGUUAGAGACGUCUUACCAAAAUUGAAGUCAGAUUGGCGACUUCCCCGCCCUUCUCAAUGUCCAGCUGGACUUUAUGGACUUUUGGUUUUAAAAUGUUGGGAUAUAUUUCCAGAGAAAAGGCCAAGUUUUUCUGCAAUUUGCAUUUCUUUAGAAGAAAUAUUUUCACUUUUAAUUGUUGAAGAGCCAGAUAUUGUUGUUCGGGAAAUUAUUUAA